CGCCUUCUCCAGAUGAAUAGUCGCCCUCGUCGCCGUGGUCGUUCAUUCCAACGUUCAUUCCGCAAGUGCCAAUUGAACGAGCAGGUUGUGUGCCGCGUCGUCGAGCCGUAAUCAGUAUCAGCCGUAGAUCCAUCCCGCUGGUUUCGUUGCCGUUUUCGUAAAGGGCGAGCAAAAUAGACACUUUGGCUGCAUUUCACUGUUUGUUUAGGUUGCAGUGGUGAAACUAAAAGCCUUCCGUCGUUGCUGGGCUUUUCGCAAAGUCAGUGAAAUCUGUGCGUGGCUCUCCGUUCGAUACGCACGAUCGAAGACGCGUACUGUGCGUUGGACAGUGUUGUGAGCAUUGUUGAUAACACCGGAUAGCAGGGGGUGGUUAGUUGGAAGAGGGCUAUAGCCUAUAGCAACGUACGAUUGUAGUUGUGUGCGAUUGUUUCGCUGAAGCAAAGAGAGUCAGCGGGAGAGCUAGUAGUUAUCAGCGUCCAGCUGCGGAGAGUGUUUGUUGUUGCGUUUGAAGCGGUUUGUUGUUACAGUGUGACGGCUCGCGCAGUGUUGCUGUUGCUUGUUGUUUAGUUAGAAGAGAGUGAAACCGACCAAAACCACGUCAAGAUGUCUGUCACUUGGGGAUAUACGCAAAUGAACGGACCCCAGAAGUGGCCGGAAAUGUUCCCGCAGGCACGGGGACAGCGUCAAUCGCCGGUCGACAUUGUUACUUCCAAAACGCAAAACUCGGGCGAUCUGCAGGAGAAUCCGCUCCGCUGGACGUACGUACCAGAGAACACGCGCAGCCUGGUCAAUCCGGGCUACUGCUGGAGGGUGGAUGUAAACGGCAAGGGUUCCAUGCUGACCGGGGGACCGCUGCAAAAGGAACAGUUUAUUCUCGAGCAGUUCCACUGCCACUGGGGAUGUUCGGAUUCGCGUGGCUCCGAGCAUACGGUGGAUGGUGAGUCGUUCGCCGGCGAGCUGCACCUUGUCCACUGGAACCAGAGCAAAUACAAGAGCUUCGCUGAGGCUGCUGGCCAUCCGGAUGGUUUGGCGGUGCUGGGUGUGUUUUUGAAGGUUGGCAAGCCGCAUCCGGAGCUGGAUAUUAUCGCUCGUUUGCUUCCGUUCAUCACACACAAGGGCGAUCGCGUUACCCUAAACAAACCACUGGACCCGGCUCGUUUGCUACCGGAGGGUAAAGCCUACUGGACGUACCUGGGAUCGCUAACGACUCCUCCGUGCUCGGAGUCCGUCACCUGGAUUCUGUUCAAGGAACCGAUCGAAGUGUCGCACGAGCAGCUGGAGCUUUUCCGCGAAAUGCGUUGCUACGAUGCUGCCGAAGAGUGUCCCUGCGACGAGACGCUCAACAAGCAGUUCGACUACGGCAAGGUCAUUAACAACUUUCGUCCACCGCUGGAGCUUGGCAACCGCCAGCUGCGUGAAGUCGAUAGCUACUAAGCAGUAUCAAAUCUUAAUUUCCCAACGGGUUUGAGCUUGAUAGCAAGAGUUCAAAGAACAGCAACAUUUAGGUGUGCGAGUGCGCCCGUGUCAACGGUAGGAGUAUGGUCGAUCUGUGACCGACCCAUGUUAGUGCAAAGCGCGGUACGUUCGAGGUUCGCUUAUGGUAAUCGUGUUUUAAAUUAGAUUCAUUCGGCCGACGCAAACAGUGUGGAUAAAAUGUAUAAAACGUAGAGCAGCAACAGGAAGUUCUCAAUUUAGGUCUCUUACCUUGUUUUGCCAGUGAAAUGGGUAACGAUCACAAACCAUGCCGAAAACUUGAGUUGUCGUAAUGUUGAACCGCAAAGAACAAUGACGUUGUAAUAGAACGUGCAAAAAUGGAACAAGAUGAAAGCAAUAUUUAUAUGGUUUAAUCCACUAAACGAAAAUUAAACAUUUUUAUCUAAGAUGAGUGAAGAAAUAAUCAAUGACGAGCAAUGAAAAUAGGCACGGCAUAUAGUAAUGCCAUAAAACAACAGCAUGAAACUAGAAUGUCGUACAGUAAUACUACGCCAGACGGUUUAGGUUAUAAAUUUCAUGAAUGCAGCAAAACACCAUGUAUUUUUCCACACAAUACAAAGGAAAUACUGUAAUUCUGAUCGAUGGAAUGUGUUUUCAGUUGAGCCUGUACGUACAAAACAAACACAGCCUGGCGAGUAUAGUAUUGUUGAAUAUGCAAUUGAGUAAAGAAAUGUACGCAUUGCAAUAGCGUAUAGUGAGUAGUAUAUACGCUGUGCGCUAUCCAUCAGGUAAGUCGACAAGUUAACAAAACACGUGUAGUACUCGCAAGAUCGAAGUGCAAUAAACGUCUUACAAGAGGGAAGCAAUCUGGUAGAAAAGGGUUUGUCGUGGUAGAAUAAAGAUUGUUACUUGUUUUUUGAAAAGUUUAAGAUCAGUUGGAUAGAGAUGCAUGCGCUGCUAUACAAUGUUGUUAAAUAUGCAAUAAAAAUAGUGUUAAAAACGGGAAAUGCAAAA